CUUGCUAUGUAAUGCUUAUCCUUUAGCAUGGCUUUCAAGUUUGACAAACUUUCAUGUGUGUGUAUUCUCUAGUGAGAAGACAUCAUUUAUUCCCCAUGUCCCCAUACAAAGCAUUAGAUGCACAACAGAUUUUUAAAAAGUUUAUACGUGAUCAUAGCAAUGCACCCAUAAAAUUGUAGUAGUCUGAUUUGAUUUCUAUAGGCCAGCUAUAUUAAAUGAAAACCAAGGCCUGUAUGUGCCUUCGUCAGCCACAGAAAAUAGCAGUGCCUAAAAUCACCACCCACCCAUCUCAAACCUGCUCCUAUGGCUCUGACAGUGUAUGACAAUACAUAAUUCAGAUUUCAUGGUGGUGCAAACAAGCCUUGAGAAACACAUGCUAAUUUCUUAAACAAUUUUGCCAAAACUUGUUUUAACAAUCCUUAAAAUGCCCUAUCCUUUACUGAACCAACUGUAAAUGCUAAAACAUAGUACAAAUCCUGCUGAUCACACAGUCUCUGUCUUCGAAUCAGUCCAGAGCACACUACAGUGCAUGUGAAUUUCUAGAUGCAAAUAUAACAAACAUGCAUAUUAAUUCCAUCAUGUACCUCAAAACUUUACCCCAGCAUUGUAUUAGCUAUCACUGGGAGGCUGCAGUGGGGUCACAGAGGUUCUUGACUGGGGUCAGGGGAACUCCAGGGGUCCAUGAAGCAUAGCCAGUGGGUCUGUGAGUUUUUAAUAUUGUUACAGUGGUGGAAAUCACUACCCACCAUUAUGAAAGUUGUCCCCUUAUGGUUCUUACAGUUACUAAAGUUAUCAGCCUGUUUGACUGGUAACUUCAAUUAAACCUUAAAAACUGAAAACAAAUAUUGCAAUAUAUAAUGUAAACUUGGACCUGGCCUGUUGAUAGAACGUUUAGAAAUAAAAAGCCAGAAUAUUAUUGUACAGAUCUGAAUAAUGUGCCUAAUAUUUAAAUAGUAAAUAAAACAAUCCUGGGCUGAAAACCUGCACUAUAGCUAACUGGUGACAGCUCUACUUUUAAUAUCAAAGAAGCCUUCUUUAAGUUGUAUUUUGAUAUCUCUUUAUGGAAGUGUGUGAUGAUCUGAGCAUGCAGUUUGCACAGUGCUAACAAGACUUAAUGCUGUUUGUAGCUACAUUAGUUUCUUAACUAAUGACGCACACUUUAAGUGAAGUGAAGUGAUGUUAGACACCAAACAUGCCUUAUCGAGUCCACUGGGUGUAAAGGGGAAACUGUAAUUCUUUAUAUAUAAUUUUUUUUUUCUUCAAACUGUUGCUGUAAUAUUUUUUCCUCCUUUGGAAAUCUCUGUGCUGUACAGAAGGGUAGUGUGAGAUGUCGCGGUUGCCACAGUAACCACCGUGUGUACAUUUCGGCUCCACUGAAAUAAUAAUGGAGGCGUUUUCAGCUAACAGCUAAUGCAACUCUUUGGCGAAAUUUAUCUAAACAUAUUCUGGUUGUUGCGUUAAUAUUUCUUAACCAAUCUUAUUACAAUGCCACGUCCGAAGUAUUUUACACCAAAUGAAGUGUCCGUGCACAAUACAGUAGGAGACCUGUGGGUAUCGUAUCUGGGUAAAGUUUAUAACCUGACACCUUUACUUCAGGAGUACAAAGGCGAUGUACUUCUGAAACCGAUUAUUGAAAGUGCAGGCAAGGACAUCAGUCACUGGUUUGACCCCAAAACCAAAGAUAUUCUUACCCAUGUUGACCCUUUAACCGGCUGUGUGAAGUAUCACACACCCAGGGGGCGUUUUGUGCAUGUGCCCCCCACGUGCCCGCGCACUGACUGGGCCAAUGAUUUUGGGAAGCCUUGGUGGAAAGAUAUGCGCUACGAAGUUGGCAUUCUGACAGCCAAGGCCCGCUGGAUCCGUAUCAUCAACACACUCACUGCCCAGGAACAGAGGUUGGAGGGUGAAUCCAAGGUGCACUGAUUAGAUCAAAUGUAUGUCAGUGCAUAAAAGUCAAUGAUGGCUGUAUGUGCAAAAUGUAUGUCUGCUUAUGCAUAAGCCUAAAUGUUGCAUAAAUCUGUUAUUUUUCUUUUGUCAACUGGGUUAGCUGCACUGUGCUUUAGCGUGCUGAAGAGGGCAGGAUUGAUCUAUUUCUGGAUUCUUCUCACUUUGCCCUCCCCCAAUCCUCUUUUGACUUCUUAGUUCAUUUUACCCUCCCUUUGCUUUCUGCAUCUAAUUCUCCUCCUGCUCGACAAAGGGAAAUGUUACUGCUGUUAUGCCGCUGGGUGUACAAGUGGUCCAAGCCUGGGUUCAUGAUUUAAUCCUACAGUCCAGUGACUGCAGCAGGGUGGCCAAGCAUGCUCCUGCCAAAUGCCUCAUCUGGCAUAAGGCUAUUCUGGAUGGUCCAAAGGCAUACAGGAUUAUUCCUAUUGUCUUGCUUUUAUGCUCUCCACGUCAACCCCCCCCCCCCCC